AACAAGAAAAUCGACAACCAUCAAGUGAAAUGAUAACGCGGCUAGUUGUUACAUAGCACAGGUGAGCUGAAAUGAAAAGAAAGAGUAAGAGUCAUCCAGCUUAGACUGCUUCGUCUUCGUAUACCACACAAUCGGAGCCAUGUGGGCUUUGAUUCUUUGAUGUUCCCGGCACUCAUUUUGAUCAUUCGAAUGCGCUUUUGUCUGUACUCCGUGAUUAGGAUUUGGAACCAACACAGUUCCACCAAUUUGGGCUAUCAACUACCAUAUUACAAAGAAAAGUUUUCAUCUUUUUAAAUUAGGUAACGUCUAUUUAGCCUAAACUAUUUUUAACACAUACACGUCCAUUUUAGAUUUUACUACAUUUGCUGAUUUAGUUAAGAAUCAAGGAGUUUGUCAUGUACAAAUAACAAUGAAUCCCAUGUCCCAUGAUAGUAGUGGCCAUCAUCAUCAUAUUAUAACUCUUUUAUAAAAAAACUCUGAUGCUGUUAAUUAUUGAUUACUUUAGACUAUUUCAAAUAGUCUUUGAAAUUGAACAAAAAAGUUCAAGGCAACUUCAAAGUGUUUAUUUGAUUAGGGCUUAGACUUAGGCCUUAAUUAACAGACACUUCUAGGUGACCAAACUUACCAAGAAUUUAAUCAUACAUUUACAUCAACAUGAAAUUACCUACCUUGACUGUUAGUAGUCAGAGGAAUUUCAGUUUCAGUUAAAUAAUCACACAACCCUUUGCUGAAAGUCAGCUCACAUUUACUACACUAUACAGAUGCUGAUGCUGCCAAAUCAUGCAUUAUGCAUAAAUGAGGUAGUGGUGGAGUACAGCUUACAGCUAUAACACAAUACUGUAUUUUUUGGCAUUUAUUUUUUUAUUUUAUUUAUUUUUGUUUUCUCUUUGUGAUAAAAUUUAAACAUUAAUUAUUCUUUUUUUUCAGGAUUAUUAUUGAAUUUAUGCAGCUCAAAAUACUGGGAUCUGCAACAUCACUGCAUUCUUAGCCCCAAUAUUUAUUAGUAAAAUUAAAUUUGUGGCUGAAUUCAAUUUCUCACGAUGGUGUAUGAAUACACAAAACCAAGAUGUCCCAUUGCAGCAAUGUAUUCCUCCCCUGGGCCAGCUUAUGGUCUUCCCACUCUGGUAGGGGAGAAGUGCCAUGACCCUAGAAGUGUACAUUACAAAUAUCCAGCUUAUUCUUUUGGGGUUAGACAUGGAAAAUUUAAAGAUGGCACUGGUCCUGGACCCUGCUACUAUCCUAAUCCAAAAGUAAGUCAGAUGUAAAUUUCAAUUUAUAAAACUAUCUAACAGUCUUUCCCUUUAAUAACAUAUAUUAGUUACCAUACAUACAUUUUUUCUUUCUUCUGAAUUAGAAAUACUUUCAUAAGGAAAUUAUGAAAAGAUUAUAAUUGUAUUCAUAGUUGGGAAAAUAAGGGGUGGGGCUCAUGGUGUGACUGAUAAACAGUGUAGUUUAAUUUAAUAUCAAUAUCAUAUAUGAAAUUUUAAUUUUGAUUAUAAGUCAACAUACUCUAUAAGCUAGAAAGUUUUUGCUGUUUUUCAAUCAGGGUGUCUGAUUAUGGGCUGGAACUCAGAGACUGGUAUUUCUCACUUUUGGGCUGUUCCCUAAACUUGGCUACCCAAUCCCACCUCUCUCUAACCUGCUCUUCCUCACCUCUCCCACUAGCCCUACAGUCUUAUCUCCACCCUACCCUUCAUUCUACUCCACAUCUUACCCCUAUUUUCUCAAACACUAACAUUUCUGCUACCUUCUCCAACCCAAACUGCCAAUGCCCCCCCCCCCCCCCCCCCCCAAUUAUCACUCUUAUUUUUUUUUCAAAUUAUAAAUUAUCAAGCAACCUUCUUUGUUUCCAAGUGCCAUUUCAGAUCAGAUUCCUAGGAAAUUAAUCUUUGAUUGUACAAUAACAUGUGACAUGUUUAUUAUUAUUAGGUUUAUCGUGAUGGUCAUGAUGGCACACCCCACUAUUCAUUAUACGCCAGACAAAAUGACUGCAAUGCUUUCAAGACACCUGGCCCUGGUGCAUACAGUCCUGAAAAUGCUGGCGAGUCAGCUCACCAUCGACCACCAGCCUAUAGCUUUGGAUCACGAAACCGCCACCGCCAAACUGAUAACAUCCCUGGUAAGUGAGAACACAGAAUUUAAAGAAAAUGAAGCAGCAGAAUUGUUGAUGUUAUCCUGAUUGUAGAUUAGCCUUGUAUUAAUUGAUUUUGGUUUCUGGAUUACUUAAUUUUUAUAUUGCUACAGUCAUUGUAAUAAUGAAAUUCACUGGUUUAUAUGAGUCGAGAAGGAAUUUAAAUGAUAUUUGUUAAGAAAACUUUUAGCAUUUAAAUAUGAUUUACAAAUAGAAUUUUAUUUCUUUAUGGUGUCAUUUUGAAAUAUUUUAUACAUUUUGCAAGUUACAUUUGUGUGUUUGUUCAUACCAUAUCACUGUACGCUAUAGUGUUAAGUGUUGUUUUUUUUAACAUCAGGUGUGAUAAGGGAAGAAAAAUAGUUACACAUGAUAUUUUAUGUUAAGGCUUUGUUGGUAAUUCAUAAAUCUUUUCAUGUGCAGCUCCCAACAGCUACUCACUGCCAAGCAUGAUUGGACCCACUGUUCAAAGCGGCAAGCCUCAGGCUCCUUGCUACAGCUUGCGUGGUAGACUUAAAACAGAUGGCUUUGCAGGAGACCUAAAUAGGGUAAGGACAUAAGACAUUUUCUGUAGCUUCAUCUUUAUUAUCAUAUUGGUUUCUUUAUUUUUGACAAAGUUUAAAAAAUGUUACUUUAAAAUUGCUUAUGCAUGUUAUAGAUAUAUAUAAAUACUUCUAUUUCAUAUAAACAUUUGUAUUUAAAUAUAAUUCACAUAAUAUGUAAAUGUCUAUAACAUUGCUUGAAAAAUAUGGAGCCUUAAUAAUUUUGUGUAGUUAAAGAUUUUAUUUUUGUAGGACUUGUUUUUUUUCAUAACUUAUUUUUUCUGAGCUGCUGUGCAUGUACAAUCAGAUUCUUUUUCCUACCUCUAGGCCCCAGGUCCGGGUGCAUACAAUACCACUGAUCCUAGUAUUUUUAAAGAUAGGGCCCCACUGUACAGUAUAACAGGCAGGAACAUGAUGGUUGGAGAUGUUACACAGAAACCUGGUCCUGGAGCCCACAUGCCAGAUGCUGUGAGUAACUUACCUGUUAUGCUUUGUUUAAAUUUGAUGAUUAUUUAAUUACAACAAUUUGCAUAAGCUUCUUUUUAUUAAAAAAAAAAUAAGGUCCUUAUAACUCUAAUUAUUUUAAAAAAAUAAUGCCGUAAAGAUUAAAUUAUUAAAAAAAUUAAGGCCCUAAAUGAUUAAUUAUUUUUUUAAAAAGACCCUAAAAGAUUUAAUUAUUUAAACAAAAUAAGGCCCUAAAUGAUUUAGUUACUUAAAAAAGCAGCGUGAAGAAAAUGAAUGAAGAAAUGAAUUAAAAGAUGAAAAGGAUUAAAUGAAAAAUCGUAAGGAGCUUACAUUUAAACUUUACUAGCAAGACGGAAUAUAUUACACUGAAACUACUUAACAUUUUGGUAAAAACAGUUCUUGAAAUGUUAACAAAUUUGUAUUAACUAUUUUAUUAUCACUUUUUUUAGAAUUGUGUGAGAGAAACCAAGCCAGCCUACAGUUUUGGCAUUAAGCACUCACCUUACCUGACAGGUCUAGUGGUUGAUAUUCCCAGUAUUGAAUGCCAACCUUGUGAUUAAGAUCUAAUUAUAUGAAUGUCCUAUCAAAUGGCUAAAUG